UUGAAAAGAAACUCUAUUUUUUGUAAAAAAAAAAAGAGACGAUGAGAGAGAAAGUAAGAGAGAGAGGCAGAGAGAGAGGUAGGGCUCCGGACAGCAGACACAGAUUACGAACCAGAUGGACAGCACUGGGCAAGGAGUUCUCCAGAUCGAGAGGGAGAAGCAGGCAAAGACGAUCGGCAGCAGCUUGGCAGAGGGACCAAAACAUGUAUCAGAAUCAGAGUACAUACAAGGAAUGGGGGUAUGACAGAGGGAUAUACAAACAGGCCACUACAUUCUUCUUCACAAAUUUCCCAGAGGAGUGGAACUAUGAAGAUAUGUGGAAAACUUUUGGGAAGUAUGGAAGGAUUUUCGCAAUCUACAGUCCAGAAAGAAGGAGUAGGAAUGGUGGAAGGUUUGGGUUUGUCAGGUUCCUAGAUUUGAAGAAUAGCAAGGAUUUGGAAAGGCAACUUGACCAGAUUCGGGUUGAAGGAAGAAAGAUAUGGGUUGAGCCGAAGGAAAGGAUAGAGUUGAAUGCACUAGGUAAGGACAAAAGUAGAAUGAGGAAUGGACAGGAAGAGCAGAGACAGGUGUGGAAGAUAAAAAACAGGGAGGAGGAGUGGAAUGGCAUUGAGUACAAUGUACAGGAAGGGGAUUAUGAAUGGUUACAAGGGUGUUUUGUGGGGACUGCACAUUCAGUGCAAAUAGUGCCAAAUCUGCAAGAAAAAUUUUUCAUGGAGGGGUAUUUUUCCUAUCGACUACAAGCCAUGGGGGGCAAACUCGUCCUCAUGGAUUGUGAAGACAAGGAAGAACUUAAAGACCUAGUGAAGAACGGAGCAGAUUGGUUGAGCCAAUGGUUUUCUGAGGUAAGACCAUGGACGCCAUCCAUGGUGGCAAAGGAAAGCACAAGCAAGAAGAGAAGGUUUGAUAUAGCUAGAUUCCUCAUCUCCAUAGAGUGUAUGGAUCCAAUAUCAGUUCAAAAAGCAGUUAAAGUCAAUGGAGAUCUAUAUACUUUGAAAUUCACAGAAGAGGAACUAACAAACAGCUUGUUCUCCUUAAGACAAGAUUUUAUGGCAAAAUUCCUGAGCGAAUCAGAGCAUGAAGACUCAUGGUCACUUAGUAGUAGUGAUUAUGGGAAUAACCAGCAGGAUGUAGAUGAGGACAAAACGCAGAAGCAGAGGGAGCUGAAUAACGGUGAAGAAGACGACGGACGAAAGUCACGCCGGUGCAGAAAGGAAGCCAAAGGAGGCGCCAUCCUUGUAGAUAGUGAGGUCCAGUUGGCUUCUGACAAAUGCAGCUUCUCUGCAAGUGGAAUUAAUGAAGGGUAUGGAAACUCCCAAUCUUUACUCAAAAAUGAAGAAACCGUGGAAGGAGUGGCAGACAGCAUUGAUGAUGGAGUAGAAACGGAUGGGACAGUAGAUAGCAGAAAGGAUGGACUGCAUGGGGGUGGUUUGAAUUCAAAAAUUGACAGCCAAAUAAUAGAAAGAGAAGAAGCAGACAAGGAGUAUGUGGGCCAGGGAGCUGAGCAUAGCAGUUGGAGGACGAGCCUUUGUCUCAAACGGCCUAAUGGCAAAGGAGUAGCACAGGCUUGUGAGGAGAAAUCAGCCAACAGUUGGGUCGGGGUAGAGCCAAGGGAAGAGAAUGGGCCGAGAGAGGAAGUGAUGCCGGAGAAAAAACAAAAGGAAGAUCUAAAGAACAAAGCCGAAAACAGCAACACAUUCUGGGAAGGGUUUGAAAGUGAAGAAGGUAGCGAGAAAGAAUGGAUGGGAAGAAUGACUCAAAGGGAAAAAAAGAGAAGAAGAAAAGGGGCCAAAUCAUGUAGUCUUGUAUACCAGAAAACAACAAAGUUGGGGCAAUUUCACCAAAAGAAAAGAGGAAGAGGCAGAUCCAACUCACGGGAAACCAAGGGAGAGGUAAUCCCAGAAUUCUUACCGGGCACAAGUAACUUAGUUGUAGGUGGAUCAAUUGGAGACAGCGGCAUAGAAAACUGUAAUAGACUACUGAAGACACAACCAAGCCGAAAAAUUGCAGAAGAUUUGUGGGACUUUGCUAAACAAUUGGGGGUGAUAGCCGAGAAUGAGGAAGUGAUGAUCAAGAAUUUGGAAGAAAUGGAGAACAGAGACAGAAAAGCCAAGGCAGCAAGUUUGGAUAAGAUGGUAUGUGGGGACAUUCAAAGAGCUUGCAAAUCAGUGUGGGGAAUAGAUGAGGUUGACUGGGUAGCAAAAAAUGCAGAAGGGGAUUUUAAUGCUAUUCGGAGAAUUGAGGAAAGGUUGGGAUGUAGAAGUGUGUCAACUGAAAUGAGAGAGUUUGAUUGUUUUAUUCAAGAAACUGAGUUGAUUGACCUUCCCCUUGCCGUGGGGACUAAUCAGAAUAGUGCAGACCAUUGUCCAAUAAUGCUGAAAGUCCAUAAAACGGAUUGGGGACCUAAGCCAUUCAAGUUCUUUGAUGCUUGGCUCGAUGACCAAGGGUAUAGAGAGUUGAUUUUGGAGGUUUGGAACAAUGAAAAAAUCCAAGGGUGGGCAGGAUUCCAACUAAAAGAAAAGCUGAAGACAACUAAAAAUGCCCUACGGGAAUGGAGUAGAAAUUUUGUUGAACAAGUGGAUGCUAAAAUAAAUUCUUCUAGAGUGGUGAUUGAACAACUUGAUUUGAAGGGUGAACAAGGCCAACUCACGGAAGAGGAAAUUAACAAAAGAAAGGAGGCACUCCUAGAUAUAUGGAAAAAUAUGAAUACCAAAGAGAGAAUGGCACAACAUAAGUCAAGGAAAACCUGGUUGGUUAACGGGGAUGCAAACACCAACUUCUUCCACAAUUGUGUCAAAGGCAAAUGGAGAAUCACAAAAAUGAACACUCCAUUUUCAGAAGAUGAGAUCAAAGCAGCAGUAUGGGAUUGUGAAUGCUCAAAAGCACCGGGUCCAGACAGGUUUAAUUUCAGAUUUGUUAGAAGGGAGUGGGAGACAAUCAAAGGAGACGUGAUAGGAUUCAUAAAGGAGUUUCAAGAAAAAGGAAAGCUGAUCCUUGCCAAACUAUUAGCCAAUCGACUCAAAAAAGCACUCGAUCAAGUGAUUGGCAAGCAGCAAAUGGCAUUCAUAGGUGGAAGACAACUAAUGGAUGGGGUUGUGAUUGCAAAUGAGGUAAUAGACGAAGCAAAGAAGAAGAAAAGGAAAAGCUUCCUAUUUAAGAUUGAUUUCGAGAAGGCUUAUGACAAAGUGUGUUGGAAGUUCCUUGAUUGUAUGAUGCAGAAGCUGGGGUUUUGCGCCACUUGGAGAAGGUGGAUCAUGGAGUGCUUGAGAACUAGCCAAGUUUCAGUAUUGGUGAAUGGCAGCCCUACUAGACAGUUCAAUAUCAGCCAGGGCCUUAGACAAGGAGAUCCCCUAUCUCCUUUUCUGUUCUUGAUUGUUGCAGAGGGAUUAAAUGGGAUGAUUACCACGGCAGUGCAGAAGGGACUACUGGAGGGUGUGGAGGUAGGAUCCAAAGGAUACAAGGUUAAUUUCAACAAAAGUCAACUCCUGGGUAUUGCGGUGAAUGAGGAGUGGCUUGAGAAAAUGGCAUGGGUGUUAUGCUGCAGAAAAGGUAAUUUCCCAUUUAAAUACCUUGGAGUCCCUAUUGGUGGAAGUCAUAGAAAGCUGCAUUUGUGGAAGCCAUUGGUGGAUGUUUUCUCAAAAAAAUUGUCUACAUGGAAAGGCCGAUUCUUAUCUCUUAGUGGAAAGAUAACUCUUAUUAACUCAGUGCUGUCUAGCUUGCCCGUAUUCUGGAUGUCGAUGUACUGGAUCCCAUCAGGUACGAUUCUUGCCUUAGAUAAAAUUAGAAGAUGUUUCCUGUGGGGAGGGGCUGAGAAAGGGAAAAAAAUUAGAUGGGUGAGCUGGAAGAAGGUAUGUAGGGAAAAAGAAAAUGGCGGCUUGGGAGUGAAAGAUCUAAGGAAAUUUAACUUAGCAUUAUUGGGAAAGUGGUGGGGUCGGUUAAUAGAGGAAGAGGGUAGAUUGUGGAAGGAAGUUAUAAGUGAGAAGUAUGGAAUAGGAGGGGAACAUAGCUUCAAUUGGUUAAGGGAAGGGGUUGGCUCGGGUUUUGCAUGGUGGAAGGACAUUUGUAGAUUAAAUAGUGCAGAUAGAGAAAAGGAGGGAUGGUUGGUUAAAGGGUUCAAAUUACGAGUAGGAGGGGGAGCAGGAGUAAGUUUUUGGUGGGAUAAUUGGUGCGGGGAUCCCUGCUUUGCUAAUAAAUAUCCCAGACUUUAUAUGUUAUCUACAGGGAAAGACAACAAGAUUUCACAAAUGGGAGAUUCGUGCAGUGACAAAUGGAGGUGGGACAUAAAAUGGAGAAGAGAAUUAUACAGCUGGGAAGAGCAACAAGUCGCUGAACUCUACAAAGAUAUCCAAGAUGCUCCGAUGGAAAAAGGAAAAAGUGAUCUGCGAUUAUGGACCCAUAGCAAAGAUGGGAAAUAUUCUACAAGAUCAGCUUACAAAGUACUCACGAUGGAACCAGACGGACAGCAACGACAGUCAAUUCUCAAAAGGACUUGGAACCCAAUUGUGCCAAGCAAGAUUGCAGCAUUCUCUUGGCAAUUAAUCCAAGAUAAGAUAUCAACAAGAGGAAACUUGCUAAGAAGGGGCGUCAUUCAGGACCCUGCAGAAAGUAAAUGUGUUUUUUGCAAAGUGGAAAAGGAGGAUUCCGCCCAUCUUUUUAUCCAUUGCAAACUAGCAUACAACUUAUGGUCUACAUGUAACCAGUGGUGGGGUCUCUGUACUGCACUUGAUAGAGAUUGCUGGGGAGUGUUUGAGCAACACAGCUUCUUACUCAAAACAGAGGUGGUGAAAGAAGGCUGGGAAUGCAUUUGGUUCGCUAUGGUGUGGACAAUUUGGUUGGCUAGGAAUGAGCAAAUAUUCACAGGGAAAGCACAGAAGGAAGGAAGGUUAUUUGAGUUAAUCCAACUACGUGCCUUCCACUGGUUAAAAGGCAAACGGGGAGCUCCAUUUCAUUUUCACAAGAGUAAUGAUCUGCGGGACGAUUUUGGGGACGAAACGGAGGACGACAAGUGCAGUAGUCUCAGCAGCAAUUAUCAAUUUGACCCUGCUUUCACUUGUCAUCUUCCAAAAUCGUCCCUCAAAAUCGUCUCGCAGAUCAUUACUCUUUUCACAAUUGAAAAGCCUUUCUACUUCAUCCAAUCUUUUGUAAAAGCAGGGAACAACCUUUCCCGAAAGCAGGAUGACUAAAAGAAAACACGAAAAGCAGAGUGCCGUGUGGGGACAGAGAUAUAAAGUUUAAUUAACCUA